UCAAAAUAUUAUACGUAAUGUAUGAAUAAAAAAAUAUAUUGCGCGUUGCCGACGACACAAAGUUGUUGCCGUCGCAAGUGUUGUUAGUGUCCUGAUCCAUAAAUCAGUGUGCAUCGCGUGCAAAAGGUACGCCACCGAAGAUCGACACUCCAAAGCGCACAAAUCAGAUUAUUGUACUUUGUACGUGUAUACGCAGAAACGCCAAGACGCAGAAGGAGUCAGUAAAGACGGAAUACGUAUCGUGCGUGCGUAUACAUUAUAAUAAAGUAUAAUAUAUACAGAGCGAAGGCGAGGAGGUGAGCCGCGAGCCGAGCCAAGGAGGAGACGCGCGCGCCGGAAAUCGUAGGCCGGGGGUAUUAUGCUAAUCAGGAACUGGCGCUCAGAAUGCGGGAGGAAGAGCUCGAGAUAUCACUCAAGGUGGUGAUAGUCGGCAAUGGUGCGGUGGGCAAAUCCUCCAUGAUCCAGAGGUUCUGCAAGGGUACCUACACACGCGAUUACAAAAAGACCAUUGGCGUGGACUUUCUGGAAAGAGAAAUCGAGGUCGAAGGAGAAGACGUGAGAUUGAUGCUCUGGGACACGGCCGGCCAGGAGGAGUUCGACGCCAUCACCGCGGCUUACUAUCGGGGCGCCCACGCCUGCGUCCUGGCUUUCUCCGCCACGGAUCGGGACUCCUUCGAAGCCAUCCCGUCGUGGAAGAUCAAGGUGGAGAACGAGUGCGGCGAAAUACCGACCGUCUUGGUCCAGAACAAGAUGGACCUGAUCGAGCAGUGCGUGAUCGAUCCUGACGAAGCGGAACGACUGAGCCGAGCUCUGGGCUGCAAGCUGCUGCGCACCUCGGUCAAGGAGGACGUCGGCGUGAUGGGCGUGUUUCGCCACCUGGCCUCGCGCUGCCUCUACGAGAUGCGCCGCUACGAGGAGGAGGACGACUUCAGGAUCUACUCGUCCGGGCCGCGAUCCGGCUCCGUCAUAAGCGCCUUCAGUCCAAACGGCACGAUAGGCAAUCAUCGCAAUCCCAGCAACGGUACGAUCGUCUUGAGGGCCACCGGCAAGAUUCGCCACCACAAGAAGAAGAAUUUCAUGAAGAAUGCCUGUCGACUGUUGUGAGAGUCUUUAUCUCUCGCUGCUGCUGCACUUGCAUAUAGCCAUGGGCGCAAAGAUCAUUAAACACAAUACGGACAAUAAUAAUCAAGAUUUAUUAUUCUAAAAAAAAAAGACAAAUUCGAAUGGAAGAACGAUGGAAGUGUUAUUUUUGAAGAGAAUAAGAUAUUAUUGUAAAUAUGUAUAUAAGUACGUGCGUAGAUAAUUUUAUCGACUCGAAACGAAAAGGAGUUUGAAUCAAAGUCGAGAGAUUAAUUUAAUGGUUUUUUUCAACUUAUAAAUCCAAGAUGAAAUGUUUGUUAUAAUUUUCAAAGAUAAACCUUGUGUGCCGAUCGAGGUGCUAAACUUACUUUUUAAUAGUCUUAAUCUAACUAAAGUCAAACGCUUUGCAUAGCACUCGAUGCAACCCGUUGUUACUGAUAUUACAUAGUUUCUCAUAAAACGUAAACCAA